AAAGGGGGUGUACGCGAGCCCGAGCGCUAUAAAUACGGCGUCUCGCGGUGCUCACCACCCGGCGUCGCUAGGAGGAGCGCACGGGAGCUGGCGCAGCUGACGGAGCGUGCUAGGAUUCCAGAAUCAGAGAAGGUGGCACCAUGAAGACUCUGCUGCUGUGUGUGGGGCUGCUGCUGACCUGGGGCGACGGACAGGUCCUGGGAGAACCGCUGGUCUCCAACCAGGAGCUCCAGGAGAUGUCCACCCAGGGGAGUAAGUACAUUAAUAAGGAAAUCCAAAAUGCUGUCAAGGGGGUGAAGGAGAUAAAGACUCUGAUAGAAAAAACAAAUGAGGAACGCAAGUCGCUGCUUGACACCUUAGAGGAGGCCAAGAAGAAGAAAGAGGAUGCCCUGGAUGAGACCAGGGACUCUGAAAUGAAGCUGAAGGCAAUCCCGGGAGUGUGCAACGAGACCAUGAUGGCCCUGUGGGAAGAGUGUAAGCCCUGCCUGAAGCAGACCUGCAUGAAGUUCUACGCACGCGUGUGCAGAAGCGGCUCGGGCUUAGUUGGCCACCAGCUGGAGGAGUUCCUGAACCAGAGCUCGCCCUUCUACUUCUGGAUGAACGGCGAUCGCAUCGACUCCCUGCUGGAGAGCGACCGUAAGCAGAACCACAUCCUGGAUGCCAUGCAGGACAGCUUCACCAGGGCCUCUGGGAUCAUGGACACACUGUUCCAGGACAGUUUCUUCACCCACGAGCCCCAGGACACCCGCUACUUCUCGCCCUUCGGCUUCCCCCACCGGAGGCCUCACUUCCUCUAUCACAAGUCCCGCCUCGCCCGCAGCAUCUUGCCUCUCUCCCCCUACGGGCAUCUGGGCUUCCAGGACCUGUUCCAGCCCUUCUUCGAAAUGAUACACCAGGCUCAACAGGCCAUGGACGUCCCAUUCCACGGCCUAGGCUCCCAGUCCCCGAACAUGGACUUCAUAAGAGAAGGUGACGAUGACCAGAAGGCCGUGUGCAAGGAGAUCCGCCACAACUCCACAGGAUGCCUGAAGAUGAAGGACCGGUGUGACAAGUGCCAGGAGAUCUUGUCUGUGGACUGCUCCACCAACAACCCCGCCCAGGCUCAGCUGCGGCAGGAGCUCAACGACUCCCUCCAGAUCGCCGAGAGGUUGACCCAGAGGUACAACGAGCUGCUCCGUUCCUACCAGCGGAAGAUGUUCAACACCUCCUCCCUGCUGGAGCAGCUCAACGACCAGUUCAGCUGGCUGUCCCAACUGGCCAAUCUCACCCAGAGCGAAGACCAGGCCUAUCUCCGGGUCUCCACAGUGACCUCCCACAUUUCCGACUCAGAAGCCCCCUCCCGUGUCACUGAGGUGGUUGUGAAGCUCUUCGACUCAGACCCCAUCACUGUGGUAAUCCCAGAGGUCCCCAAAAACAACCCUAAAUUUAUGGACACUGUGGCAGAGAAAGCGUUGCAGGAAUACCGCAAGAAGAGCCGAGAGGAGUGAGUGUGAGUGUUGCUUUUCCAUAAACAGAGGCAUCUGAGUGCAGCUCCCCUGAGACGAACCACAGCCCCCCAGAGAGCUCUGCAUGUCUCUCCGUGACUAGGCCCCAGUCCCGCUGGCCUCUCCAGGAUUUUAUGCUCUAAUGCCUGUAUUUGCUGCUUGUGGGAAGAGCUGCUUCCGCAUGCAACUAAUUCAAUAAAGCUACCUUGUGACCUGA